AUUGGUGUGAGAGAAUUUUAGUGCUUCUUCAGGGAAAAUGAGACCCAAGUCAGUGCUCCUGUUGAUGCUCUUUGUACUGCUUCAGCCUUCUAGUUACUGUGAAAAAAGCGUUCCUGAACGGUGGCAACAAUUAAUGAAGUGUGCUUCUCAUCCUGCGAAUAGCCCUCCUGAGGAAUGGAUGAUGCACCACAACUUAACUCCAAGUGAUGUGCAUGCUGUGAAGGCAGAACUUAUCCAGGUUGCAGAUGACCAAGGUUCAACGAAACCUAUUUUGAAAGUCAGCUGGAAUAUUUCUGUUGAUGGAAGUAUUCAUGUACUUAAAGGAACUAUGAUCACUUUAAGAGAGAUUGGAAACUUUGGAAAUGUUCAGGCAUUUCGCUGUAUGUAUACAGACUUCACUGGUGAUUAUACAGGACAUCUUGCAGAAUUUAGCUUUAGUGGAUUUACUGUCAACCCAAGUAUUAUGUAUGAGAUAUCGGCUUACAACAUACCUACUGCAAAUAUAGGUGAAGAUCAGCCAUCAAAAAGCAUAGAGUUUACAACUCCAGAUUGCUCAGAUAGUAAAAUGAAGUUUUCAAGACAUUGUAUUGACUCAGGAAGUCUCUGGGAUCCAAAUAUAACCACAUGCACUAUAUGUGAAUUACUGGAAAUGAAUUUUACAACAGGCAAAAAUGGAAAAUAUGACAUCUACCUUUAUACAUGCAGUACGAAUGACAUAGAAUCGUGCAAUGACGUCAGUGUUACCUCCAUUACUGAGGACAAAGAAGUCAGAAAAAUGAUGAAAUUUAAUAUGACUGGCAAGAUAUCCAAAUACUUAUUGAUAACAAUAAGUCCAUAUUUCCAUGCCUGUGGCAGUGACUGCAAUAUUCGCGAAAAAAUGGUCGAUAUGUCUAAGAAAUGCGGGGAGUGCAUUGAGUUUCCAGAGAAAGCAACAAAAACUGACAUGGUACCAUAUAUAAUUGCUGUCACUUCAAGCAUUUGCUGGGCAAUAUUAGUUGCCAUGGUAUACUUCAUGUAUAGAUAUGGUAAAAUGAAGACAUUGCAUUCCACAGUACCACCUGCAAGAGUUAAAGUACUGCUUGUUUACCCAUCUGACAAGGAGGUAUUUCAGAAUGUUGCUCUUGCAUUUGCUGAAUUUCUGCACACCGACUGUCUUUGUGAAGUUGCUCUAGAUUUAUGGCAGAUGAGAAACAUUGCAGAAAUGGGCCCCGUGCAAUGGCUUAGUCAGCAGAAGCAAAUCGUUGAUAAGGUUAUUUUCCUCUGUUUAAAUAAAACUACCAUGCAGAGCAGCUCAUAUCUUGAUGGUUCUAACCACACAGACUGUUCAUCUGAUAUGUACUCUCUGGCACUCAACUUGUUCUGCAGUGACAUAAAGCACAAUUCAUCUCUGCAAAAAUACAUGGUUGUCUCCUUUGAUGAAAUAAGCUCAGAAAAAGACAUUCCACUUGUAUUAACUGCUUGUAGUAAGUAUAGUUUCAUGAAGUCAUUGAAACAAUUUUGCAAAGAUCUUCAUAACAUAUCUGGAUGCAGAGUUUUCCCUUCAGUGAACAGUGUCAUCCUAGAUUGCAAGUAUAGUAGUAAACAAACUGUAAGACUGAAUGAUGUGAUACAUGAAUUAAAAACUAAGGCAAAAACAUUUUCAACAGUACAAAUGAAGGAAGACUGCCUUAUUGAGAUCUUCUGAUGCUUUGCCUGUCAGUGCAAGGCCAAACUGCUGCUGCAUCAGAAAGUAACCUGUCAGCGCAGAGGAGUUAAGGCUGGGAUCUGCUACCAUCAUCCUAUACACCUGAGUUUGAUUCAUUCCUUCUGUACCUUACAUGAAGUUUGAUUCAGAAUCUGAGCAAGUCACUUAACUAGAGAACUCUUCUAAAUGACAAAUGUAAAAAAGGCACUUGUGGGCUUACUUGGUUUACAACAACAAAAAAGUUUGCCAUGAUGUUUACAGUUCAUGCAGUAUGGUCAGAUGAAUUAUUAAAUGCAUUAGCCUUAUGGCAAUAAACAAGGACAGUGUGUAGAGAGAGGAAGACCGUAAAAGCCCGAACAACAAAGAAUAAAUGUCAUGUUAGCAUGCUUAUUUUCUGAUUACAUUUGUUCUGAUAAAGAGGUACUUGUCUGCUUAUUAAAAGUGACAGUGGGCAUACCUCUCAACCUCUUAGAGCAAAAAUCUAGACAAAUCUAUAAAUAAAACUGGGACAAAGACCCAAAAAAUAGGGGCAAUUUUUAAAUAUUGCUCUUACAAACCUAGAAAGUUGACUAACAAGUUUUGAUUUAGCAUAAAUGUUCUGAAGGAUAUGAAGUCCGAAACUCAAAUGUCUGUCACUAUUUUCUAACUUCAUUCUUUAAUGAUUUACCACUAAUUUGCCAAAAACCCACAAUUAUAUGAAAAACAGACAAAAAAUAUGAGACCAAAAUCUGGACAUUCUGCAAAAAUCUGUGCAGUUGAGAGGUAUCUGGGCAUGGAUUUAUCAAGCAUUCAGACAAAAAGAUAUAGGAAGUGUGAACUAGCACUCCAUGGCAACCUGACAAAGGGAAUUAAGAGUUGCCAGUAAAUCUUAGCCAGUAGCACUGGGUUUGAUUCCCUCACUCUCUUCUUUCAUACCUGGUGAACUGUGUACGUCACAUAAACAAAACAUGAGUGCUUCAGUUUCAUCCUUAAAAUCAUAUAUGAGCCUAGUGAGUUUUAAAUAUGUAACAAGUAAAUACAAUUCUAAGGAUAACCAUUAUAAGCAUACAUCUUACCUGUUCCUGAAUUUGGACAACAUCCAUGAUUUUGCCUCAUGUUUUUACUCUGUCAGUGAAAAAAUAUUUUGUUUUCUGCUAAAUCACUGUGGCUUACAAUCAAUAGUGACAGAUAUCAGAGCUUCAGACAUGUUCUAUUAACUUCCUUAGUGAAUUAGAGUAAUAUUUAAAAAUGUCCAUGAUUUUUGCCCCUUUGCCCCCAUUAUUUUUGCCUUUGUCUAGAAUUCUUGAGCAGAACAAUUGAGAGGUAUGGCAGUUGCUGGCUUGUCGAACUUAAUUUCAGAUGCUGACACAUGUCAAAUAGAUUGUUUUAGUACUGAAAUAGAAACUUGAAUCACAGAAAUGUAAUUUCAUACUUAUUUGUUUAGAAGUAAAAUUGUUGUUUAACUAAGGUGACUUGGCAGUGAGUAGGCAGACCAAAUGUUAUCACAUAAGAGGUAGAGAACACACAGUAAAACUAGAAGGAUGAUAAACAAGAUAAAUUAUUAUGGCGUGGCUGCAUAUUUUCAUAGUUGGGGACUCAAACUACAAGUAGAAGGGCUAUAAAAAUCAAGACGCUAGCAAAGGAUGUUGGAUGGAUGACCAGUGGGGCUGGAUCUCUCCUUACUAAGGACCAGAAGAGACAUGGAGACAUGCUCUGGGUGUACAAGGUCAUAAUGGGAAGAGCUGAUAACUUCAGACUGGGCAGGAGUAAGUGGGAGAAGGAGGGGGUACAGGCAUCAAACUGGAGGCACCCAUGCUGUAUACUCCUGGAAUGGGUAUUAGAGAUAGACUCCACAAUGUUAUUCAAGAGACCAUGGGGCAGAUAGAGAAAGAGUGAAUGGGAAGGAAAGGGUGGAACAGAGGUGCAAUGUUAGUCAUUUGAAAGACAGACAAGGUAGGCUAAUUGUCUUUUUUGUACAACUGGUGAAUGUGAAGUAAUAGUCAAUAAAAUACUUAGCUUGGGACAGGUGUACCUCUUUAUUUCUUCCUUACAGAAUGUGAAGGAAGACCAUAUCAUAAUCCUCAGCACUGUUUGGGGGUAAGUGUAAGUAGGUAGCCAGUAGGAGGCAGUUGGCGAAUCAGAUAUCAUAUCAAGAUGUGUACUGCAAGACAUGUGAAUGCAAGCUUGCAUCACCUGGUGCCUUUUACUAAUGCCAUUUCAGCUGAUCAGUAUUUAGAAUUUCAGGAAGUCCUUUCUAAGUACAGACGUUACACAGCAGGGUACUAGGAAGAAAGGAAAGAUACGAUGUUAUGUUGUCCUAUCUCGCCUUCAUUCUUACAAUGAUGGGUUCGGAGCCAGAUCUCGGCUCCGACUCGGCCGA